GCUUGUCGAGCUUAGAGGGAAAAGCUGAGCUCCUCUCGUGGGGAAAACAGAAAACCGAGAGGGUAGAAAGCAGGAGGGAGGCGAUUGGAUUUUUUCUUUUGCUGCUGGCUUUGCCAUAGAUUAGAAAACUCGAGAGGGAGAAGGCCGAGUAAAAGACAAGUGUUUGACGAAGUGAGGGUAUUAGGGUUCGUCGGAAGAACAGAAAAAAGGUUGUGUAAGGAGGCCGACUCCUGCAGUCACCUUGGCCAGUGCGUUUCCGCGAGUAAUUUUGUCCUGCCUCAAUAUGACAAUGAUAAUCUUACAGAGGAACACGAGGAAGAGGAGAAAGUAGAACUGAAGGGUGAACAAUUACAGGAAGGUUGCAUUGGGAAUGACAGUAUGGAAAUAGAGGAGCUCAUCAAUACGAAUGUAGAUAUGUUGGAGUCUGGGAUAGAAGGUGAAAAUCAACAGGAUGUUCUCCAGGUCCAGGUUGGCAGAAGUGUUGCAGAUGAGGUUGAAGAAAAUGUAGUAGUUAACAAUGGAAUAGGUGAAAGAUUACGGAAGAAGCUUGAUCAGAAGACCAUAGAGGAGGAGGAUGCUGAGAAGGUAGAUGACUCAAAUCGCACUUCAACAGAUACCUUCAGCAACCCGCACUUUAAACAAGGUAGACGAUGUGGGUUAUGUGGUGGUGCCACUGAUGGGAAGCCUCCGAAGAAGUUGGUUCAGGAUAUUGGUGAAAGUGAAAUCGACACAUAUAGUGGAUCUUCAGCAUCUGAGGAGCCUAACUAUGACGUGUGGGAUGGAUUUGGCGAUGAACCUGGAUGGCUCGGCCGUCUACUAGGUCCUAUUAAUGAUCGAUAUGGUAUUGCUGGAAUAUGGGUCCAUCAACAUUGUGCUGUGUGGAGCCCAGAGGUUUAUUUUGCUGGUCUGGGAUGCUUAAAGAAUGUGAGGGCUGCGCUUUGCAGAGGAAGAGCAUUAAAAUGCACACGCUGUGGGAGGCGAGGGGCAACAAUUGGUUGUCGUGUUGAUCGGUGUCCUAAAACUUACCACUUGCCCUGUGCACGAGCUAAUGGUUGCAUAUUUGACCACCGGAAAUUUCUGAUUGCCUGCACAGACCAUCGGCAUCUUUUCCAACCUUAUGGUAAUCACUAUUUGGCCCAUAUAAAGAAAAGGAAAGCUAAGAAAAUGAAAAUGGAAAUAAGAAAGCUGUCAAAUGAUGCAUUGCGAAAGGAUGUUGAAGCAGAGGAAAAAUGGUUGGAGAACUGUGGUGAGGAUGAAGAGUUUCUGAAACGUGAAAGCAAAAGACUACAGCGAGAUUUAUUGAGAAUUGCUCCUGUAUAUAUUGGAGGCUCAGAUUAUGAAGGUGGAAAACCAUUCGAGGGUUGGGAGUCUGUUGCUGGACUUCAGGAUGUAAUCCAGUGCAUGAAGGAGGUUGUCAUCUUACCAUUAUUAUAUCCAGAGUUCUUUGAUAAUCUGGGACUUACACCCCCCAGAGGUGUACUUUUACAUGGGUAUCCUGGAACAGGAAAAACUCUUGUGGUGCGGGCACUUAUUGGUUCAUGUGCUCGUGGCGAUAAGCGGAUAGCAUAUUUUGCCCGUAAAGGUGCAGACUGCUUAGGGAAAUAUGUUGGUGAUGCGGAGCGUCAGCUGAGGCUCUUAUUUCAGGUUGCUGAGAGAUGUCAACCCUCUAUAAUAUUCUUUGAUGAAAUAGAUGGGCUAGCACCUCGGCGUACAAGGCAGCAAGAUCAGACACAUAGUUCAGUUGUUUCAACGUUGCUUGCUUUGAUGGAUGGUCUAAAAUCCCGUGGGUCAGUGGUGGUCAUAGGUGCAACCAAUCGCCCUGAAGCUAUUGAUCCGGCAUUAAGGAGGCCUGGAAGAUUUGAUAGGGAGAUAUAUUUUCCGUUACCUUCAGUGGAGGAUAGGGCUGCCAUUCUCUCUCUCCAUACUAAGAGGUGGCCUAAACCAAUUACAGGAUCCUUGCUCAAGUGGAUUGCAAAAAAAACUGUAGGUUUUGCUGGUGCUGAUUUGCAGGCUCUUUGUACACAAGCAGCCAUUAUUGCUUUAAAGAGGAAGUUCCCAUUGCAAGAAGUUUUAUCUGCUGCUCAAGUGAAGAUUCCAGGUGCUAAUCGUGUUCCUCUUCCUGAUAUUUCAGUUGAAGAAAGGGAUUGGUUAGAGGCUUUAUCUCGUUCCCCACCCCCAUGCUCCCGUAGAGAGGCUGGGAUACCUGCUAAUGAUUUACUUUCAUACCCUCUUCCCAUGCACCUUAUUCCUUGUCUGUUGCAUCCUUUAUCCACCUUGUUUGUUUCCCUUUAUCUUGAUGAACACCUUUGGUUGCCACCUCCACUCUAUAGAGCAGCAGGAAUAAUUAAAAGUGUGAUUGUUUCUGCUUUAAAAAACAAGAGACUGCCUAGUGAUCAAUGGUGGUCUCAUGUUGAUAAUCUUCUUCAAGAAGCAGAUGUUGCAAAGGAGAUAGAGAGAAGACUUUCAUAUGCUGGGAUAUUAAGUGGAGGCAUUUCCUUAGAUGGUUCUGAUGCAUUCAUGGAUGAUAGUGGUGAUGAUGUUCCUAAUUUUAGACCAUCUAUAAUGCAUAAAAGUGGCAAAACCACUAGUCUAUUACCGAAUAUACCUUCUGUACCAAGAAACAGAUCAGGAUUCAGGAUACUAAUUGCUGGAAGUCCAAGAUCUGGCCAGAGACAUCUUGCUUCUUGUAUUCUUCACUGUUUUGCUGGAAGCCUUGAAGUGCAGAAAGUUGAUUUGGCUACAAUUUCUCAAGAAGGUCAUGGCAACGUGGAGCAAGGGGUAACACGGAUGUUAAUGAAAUGUGCUAGCUGGGGUUCAUGUGCAGUAUUUAUGCCAAGAAUCGAUUUAUGGGCUCUGGAGACAUUUGAUAAAUUUCCAGAGUUUGAAUCAUCUUUGGCAGACCAUCAAUCUUCUGAGAAGGAAGAUUUGUGUUUCACGAGUUCUCAAGGUUGCAAAGUAGAGAAGUCCUGUCUGCAGCAUUGUGAAUCGACAGGGAUGGUGGAGGCUCAAACCAUUGUGCGGAGUGUCUCACAUGCCUGGAGGUCAUUUGUUGAACAAGUGGAAUCUAUAUGUGUUUCUACAUCAUUGAUUAUCCUGUUUGUUCAUUUGAUUCAUCAAAGAACUCAUAUUCAUGAAAAUCUGUGCAAGGAAUACAAACCUUGUAGUUCAGUUGGAGACUGUCCAGAUGCAGAGUGUCCCAGAACAGGGAUUGGUCUAGUAGUAGGUGAAGCAGAGAAGAGGUCAGAACUUCCUGAUGACGUUACCAUAAGGGUCCCCCCAUCACUCAACAAAACUUUGAAGGGGAAAUCAAGCUUGCUAUUUGCAAUAUCUACAUUUGGUUAUCAGAUUCUACGAUAUCCUCAGUUUGCGGAACUUUGUUGGGUCACAUCUAAAUUAAAGGAGGGUCCUUGUGCAGAUGUGAGUGGACCUUGGAGAGGCUGGCCAUUCAAUUCUUGUAUUAUUCGUCCAAGCAGCCCGCAAGAACAGAUAGCUGUUAAUAUUUCCAGCUCCGGCAAUCUUAAAAGCAAAGAAAAAACUGGUCUAGUCAGAGGGCUGAUUGCUGUAGGUUUAUCAGCCUACAGAGGCAUAUAUACAUCAGCAAGAGAAGUCUCCUUUGAGGUGCGGCAGGUUCUUGAGCUUUUAGUUGGGCAGAUUAAUGCCAAAGUCAAUGCUGGAAAAGACAGAUAUCAGUAUAUCCGACUUCUGUCACAAGUUGCUUUUUUAGAAGACAUGGUUAAUAGCUGGGCAUAUGCACUACAAAGUUUAGGUGUGGAUGCUCAAUUUGAAGUGGCCAACCCUAAGGCUAACACUGUGGGAUCUCCAGAUACUCAUCCUAAUAUAGAUAGUCGACUCCCAGGGGAGGAAUGUGAAUCAAAUAUUUCUGACUUCAGUUGUCCUAGAGCAGGACUAGAAAAUCCCAACGAAGUUACUACACAAGAAAUUGGAUGCAUUGAUUUGAAGAAAGAGGGUGUUAAUUCUGAUAGUAAUUAUGAGGGGAGAAUUAGGCAAGCGGAAGGUUCUGUGGAGCGAAUUCCCCUCUGUGGUCAAUCUACUUCAAAUAUUAAUGGUUCCUUUGCUCGGCUAAUGAAUAAUGUUGUUGGGCAAAAUGGAAUGCAUUCGUCAUGUGAAUUUGAAGUUAAUGGAAAUCAUGCAGCUCUAAAUGGGGACGUUGAGUCCCUGAAAAUUUCUGAUGGAGUCACCAAAACAAUUGUUCUCUCUGAAAAUGGUAACUGUAGCUCAGAGGAACGGGGAGGAUGCAAGAUCUUUUACUCCAGGAAAGCCUGCAAGCAGCUUAAUGGUUUACCUUCUGUUGAUGAUAAGACUGAUCCUAGCGGACAAAGUGGUAACAUCAACUUCUCUUCGAAAGAUACCAGUCCUGCUGCUGACCAACCUGUUGUAUGUUUAUACCGCUGUUGCUCUAGAUGCCUCUGCACUCUCCAAGAUUUAUUGCAGAAGAUGCUUAUCUGUGAAUGGGGAUUAAAUGGGAGUGAUUGGAUAGCAGAGGAUAUUCAUGAUGCAGUAGCAUCAAUGCAUAUGGAUCUGUUUUCAGCGCUUAGAAAAGUUUAUGCUACCGGAAGCAGGAGCGAUACAGAUGAAGAAAACCUUGCAGAUGAAAGUCGUGGCACAAAGUUCGAAUAUCCGGAAUUGAGAACGUGUCUUUGUAAAGACAUUGGAGGCGGUUUAGCUGCUCCAGUGGAAUGUAGUUGUCAUUCAGUAAAUGGGCGUGUAACUGUCGAAAAUAUUUCCUCAAGUACUCGAUACCGGGGUGAUCUCAGUUUUGUUUUCAGGGAUGGAGCUUUGCUUCCUAUAGAUUUUAACAAAGAUCAAACCUUUCACUGUAAAUUUGAGACAUUCUGCCUUUGUUCUCUUAUAAAGUCAAUAAUAAUGUGGAAGCAGCCUCUUAGUUGAUAUGACAUCUA